AUGACUACCCCUAAUGUCUCCUCUACUCCUGAAUCUAAUCUUUCUCCAGUAUCACCCUCUAUUGCUCCGGUGAGCAUUAAGCUCCCACCAUUCUGGGCAAAUGACCCAGAAAUUUGGUUUGUUCAGGUGGAGGCCCAAUUUCACACAAAGGGUAUUACCGCCGAAAUCACUAAAUUCAAUUAUGUAGUUGCCUCACUACAACAAGAGGUAGCUAUGGAGGUGAGGGAUAUCAUUACUGCUAUCCCGGGUGACAACCCCUAUCAAAAAUUAAAAGCUGCACUGGUCAAGCGAACGACCGUCUCCGAGCAGACGCGCCUCAAUCGGCUGCUGUCAGGAGAGGAGCUCGGAGACAAGUCGCCGUCGCAACUCCUCCGGCGGAUGCAGCAAUUGAUGGGGACGAGCACAAUGGAGGAUUCAAUUUUUCGGCAAUUAUUUUUGCAACGCUUGCCCACCAACGUGCAGGUCAUCCUAGCCGCAUCAAGCGAUGGGGUGAGUUUGGUGGACUUAGCGUCGCUAGCGGACAAAAUUGUCGAAGUUGCCGGCCCAACUAGCAUUUCAAACAUUCAAUCAAAGUUGGCGCCAUCACAACCCCCUCCACUCCCCAUGCACGAAACUAAAGUCGACCAGCUCUCUGAACAAGUGGCCCAGCUCACAAUGCAGGUUCAAGCAUUAACCUGCUCCAUGCUAGAUAACCGCGAGAGAGGUCGCAGUCGACAGCGCAAGUCGAAAGACUCGAUUCAGCGCCCACAAUCAGUUUCGCGCAGCCCGCAUCGCAGUGAACAGCAUGCAGGUGCCCAGUGCUGGUAUCACUGGAAGCAUGGGAGUAGUGCUCAAAAGUGCAUUAGUCCUUGCUCUUUCUCAGCAAGACAAGCCCAGGGAAACGGUCCCGCCAAGGAAUAG